UUAGAAUUACAGACACAAUACACCAGAAAGGAGUCCCCAUUCGAUCUCACUCUUUCUCGCCCAGCAACAACCAUGGCAACUGCACCCUUUGUGUCUGUAAGCCCUUUCGCCACUUCCACUCCCCGAUCGUCUCCCUCCAUUUCCCUUCUCUCGCCUCCUCGAACCAUCAAGUUUCCCACUUUCUAUUCCAAUUUCCUCAAUGAUCUCUCCACCACUGUAUCCCACGCGCCGUCACGUGCUGCAAGUAUUCUCCCUCGAGCAACCGCUGCACCGUCCUCCGCCGUUUCUUCAAGCACCGUAUUUCACGGCUUCUGCUAUGUCGUCGGAGACAACAUCGACACCGAUCAGAUUAUUCCGGCUGAGUACUUAACCUUGGUCCCCUCAAAUCCCAGCGAGUACGAGAAGCUCGGAUCUCACGCCCUAGUUGGCCUUCCUUCCUCUUAUUCCACACGCUUCGUGGAAUCUAACGAGAUGAAGACCAAAUAUAGUAUCAUAAUUGCCGGCGACAACUUCGGUUGCGGUUCUUCUCGGGAGCAUGCGCCGGUUGCGUUGGGAGCAUCCGGUGCGGUGGCUGUGGUUGCUGAAUCGUAUGCGCGUAUAUUCUUCAGAAACUCGGUAGCGACUGGAGAGAUUUAUCCUUUGGAAUCGGAAAUUAGGAUCUGCGAUGAAUGUAAGACUGGCGAUGUGGUGACUAUCGAGCUCGCAGAUGGCCGCUUGAUCAACCACACGACGGGGAAUGAAUACAAGCUCAAGCCUAUUGGGGAUGCAGGUCCUGUCAUCCAGGCUGGAGGGAUCUUCGCAUAUGCAAGGAAGACUGAGUCUCUGAGAAUGAGCUUUCUGGUUCAGGCUAAUAGUCCUCUAGGUCAUGAUCGAUAUGAGAGAAUCGGAAGCCCUUCUCGGUCUCAUAGGGCUGAUCCGAAAGAAGACAAACGAACUGGAUCGGAUAAAGAAAAUCGAAAUUGUCAAAUUAUGCACUAAUUACAUUGAAUGUGUAUAUGAGGAACCAUGACAUUUCUGGAUUGU